GAGAGAGACGAGACGUCGCGGUGAUAAAGUAGUAUCGAAAAGUAUCCCGAACGAAAUUUCCCUCUCGACAAUAGUAAUCUACCGAACAGUAUUAAUUAGUUAUUUAAAUCGUUCUUCCACAAAUCUCUCUCUUCUGUUCUUCGUUUUUACUCGACGAUUUUUGACUUUGUCGUUUUUUUAAAUUAAAUUGUAAGAAUACACACGGUGAAGAGAUGUCUUCGGUGAUGUAUGAUUCGCUCAGUGACAAAGUGGCGAUGUUUGACCAGUACGCGAACAAGCACAAAGACCAGCAGAGCAAAAAUCCGUUCACAUCUGGCUUGAAUACCGAGAAGAGAAAAUUCUCCAAGGAGGAAUAUGGCAGACCGAAAGCUGGCUCCCUGACAGACAUUCGCGGCCGCAAAGCCACGGCACACAUUCUCAAAGAGGUGCUCGAACUCUGCGAGAUCAUUUAUCAAGAGGGCACACCAUGCCGGGACCAACCAGAGAUCACCGCGAUCACGUUCGGUGAUCUGUUCAAUAUUUACACUCACAUCAGCGACAAAUGUGUGGGGCUGUUGCUGAGAGCGAGGAAACAAAAGUUCGUCGAAUUCGAGGGUGAAGUUCUGUUUCAGAGGCGAGAUGAUAACGUGCCGAUCUACCUGGUGAAGCCUGUCAGCGAAAUUCGCGAAUUGUUCAACCAAAGACUACAGGAGAUCGCGAAGGAGACACCGUUAAGUUAACAACAACCUCCAUCUUCGAUCUUCUUGUUCUCCGAUAAACGAUUCCAUAUUGGAGAACAUCCGGUUGAAAGCGUUAUCCUGUAUUUAUUUAUGACACACAGCCGUGGAAUCAUAACGAACGACCAUUGUAUAGUUUGUAAUUUUUAUUCGAGGUAUGAGUGACACGAGCGAGUGAUUAUCAUCGAAGAAUGUUCCGAUGUGGAUGAAAGCAAUGAGAAGCAAAUAUGUACAAUGUGAU